AUGUGUCCAGUUUGGGGCAAAUAUAUAACCAUUAAGGCAAUCUUUUCUACAGAGAACACUUAGAAGCAUCAGCAUAGUGUUGAUUUAUUAUUUGGUUUGUUUCACUUUCCUUUGGUCCAUUUACAGGAACAUGGACCUCCAUUGCCUUUUCCUGAAGCAUUUCAUCCUGUUUAGGUAUUUAUUCACACACCUUAUCUACCCCUUCCCCUCCACCCGUAUUUUGUGUUCCCACUGCUGCUAAUUUUUGCUUUGUUUACUCUCUAGUGUAACAUGUUCCUGCGACGCUCCUUUUCAGAUGACCCCGGUAUAGUUGCAAUAUGGAUUUAGGGAAGGCAGUUUGCACCUGUGCUGUGUUUGGCUGUGGUGUCAAACCAAGUUCCCGGUCCCCCGAGGCAGCUGAAGAUGAGAAGGACCAGCGUACAGUAACAAUCAACCCCUCUCACAUGAAAAAGGCAUUCAGGGUUAUGAAUGAAUUACGGAGCAAGCAGCUCCUCUGUGACGUGGUGAUUGUUGCUGAAAAUGUUGAGAUGGAAGCCCAUCGCAUUGUCUUAGCAGCCUGCAGCCCCUAUUUUUGUGCAAUGUUUACAGGAGACAUGUCUGAAAGCAAAGCAAAGAAGAUUGAAAUAAAGGACGUUGAUGGGCAAACACUGAGUAAGCUGAUUGAUUACAUCUACACGGCUGAGAUAGAGGUCACUGAAGAAAACGUUCAGGUGUUGUUGCCAGCUGCUAGUUUAUUGCAAUUAAUGGACGUUAGGAAAAACUGCUGUGAUUUUCUCCAAUCUCAGCUGCAUCCCACAAAUUGCCUUGGAAUUCGAGCCUUUGCAGACGUGCAUGCAUGCACUGAACUUCUGCAGCAGGCGAAUGCCUAUGCAGAGCAGCACUUUCCCGAGGUGAUGCUAGGAGAAGAAUUUCUUAGCCUCAGCCUGGACCAGGUCUGCAGCUUGAUAUCAAGCGACAAGCUCACGGUCUCCUCAGAAGAAAAGGUCUUUGAAGCUGUUAUUUCUUGGAUAAAUUAUGAGAAGGAAUCUCGUUUAGAGCAUAUGGCUAAGUUAAUGGAACAUGUUCGUCUGCCCCUUCUACCCCGAGACUAUCUUGUGCAGACAGUUGAAGAAGAAGCUUUGAUCAAGAACAACAACACAUGCAAAGACUUCCUUAUUGAGGCCAUGAAAUACCACUUGCUUCCUCUGGAUCAAAGGCAGUUGAUAAAGAAUCCUAGGACAAAGCCAAGGACUCCAAUUAGCCUGCCAAAGGUGAUGAUCGUGGUUGGUGGGCAGGCGCCCAAAGCCAUUCGGAGCGUGGAGUGCUACGAUUUCGAGGAGGAGCGAUGGGAUCAGGUAGCUGAGCUUCCCUCCCGGAGAUGCAGGGCAGGAGUGGUGUUCAUGGCAGGCAAUGUUUAUGCUGUUGGGGGCUUUAAUGGUUCUUUAAGAGUGCGAACUGUAGACGUGUAUGACGGUGUGAAAGACCAGUGGACAUCCAUCGCCAGCAUGCAGGAAAGACGAAGCACUUUGGGAGCAGCUGUGCUGAAUGACCUUCUUUAUGCUGUGGGCGGGUUUGAUGGAAGUACUGGUCUGGCAUCCGUAGAGGCCUAUAGCUAUAAAACCAAUGAGUGGUUUUUUGUGGCUCCCAUGAACACAAGGAGAAGCAGCGUUGGAGUGGGAGUUGUGGAGGGGAAGCUAUAUGCUGUGGGGGGUUAUGAUGGAGCAUCACGGCAGUGCCUUAGUACUGUAGAGCAGUAUAAUCCUGCCACAAAUGAAUGGACCUACGUGGCUGACAUGAGCACACGGCGCAGUGGUGCAGGUGUUGGCGUUCUUAGUGGAUUGUUAUAUGCUACUGGAGGGCAUGACGGUCCCUUGGUGAGGAAGAGCGUGGAGGUUUAUGAUCCAGGAGCAAACACCUGGAAGCAAGUGGCUGAUAUGAAUAUGUGUAGGCGAAAUGCAGGUGUGUGUGCAGUGAAUGGGCUUCUCUAUGUGGUUGGAGGAGAUGAUGGUUCUUGCAAUUUGGCCUCAGUGGAAUAUUAUAACCCUGUCACUGAUAAGUGGACAUUAUUGCCAACCAAUAUGAGCACUGGAAGAAGUUAUGCAGGUAAACAGACCAGUGGAAGAACUGGGAACUCAGGGCCUUCUGGCUCCCAGAUGAGUUCACAGCAGCCACUACUAACUCAGGGAGCAUCCAUUAACAAGACAGUUUUGCUCCCUGACUGCUUGGUCUCUCUUUUUUUUUUUUUAAUGGAUUCCAUUGAAGAGGAAAUCUUCACAGGAUUGUGCAAGCUGACUUUCUUUCUGUACUCCUGCUUUUGCACUUUGGUUUUGCAGAAGUUGCUCCCAAGAUAGUUUAAUGUCUCUUUGUCCACUCUUGCAACAGGUGUGGCUGGGAUUCAUAAAUAAUUGUGACACAGACUCAAGGAGCAGAAGUGGAGUGAAGUCUGCUGCGUGUUCCUGGGAAAAUGAUGGACCCCUGACUUGACCCACCUUGUUGCUAUUCAGCUCCUAGCCUCGCAAGGAAUACAUUAAGAACAUCAGCUGCUCUGCAGUGGAUAGCAUAGCCAUGUGAAAAUCUGGCUGAGAACAUGAUUCAUGCUAGACACGUGAUAUUGCUUAUUAUCAUUGGUGCAAUCGACUAUUUCCUGAACAGCCAGAAUCCUGAGAUAAACCUUGUGCUUAAACUGAUAUUGGAGAAAAUGAAUUUCUUGUGUGAAACAAAAUGCUAGUUUAGGGCACGUGAGUAAAAAUGAAUAUAUUGGAUUUCUUAACUACUGAUACGUUAUAUACCUGAUCCAUUGAUCUAUUUACUGACUGCACUUCCAGGGUGAACGUACUACUGACAGUGAAAUCUUCUAAUCGCCAGUCCUCAAAAGCAGUCAGCAGAACAGUACUGGAACCGGGGUGCUUUUGCUUGUGUUUGUCUCAGUCAUGCGUACCUAUGUGCCACUGGACUAUUGUGUGCAUCCCCAGAAGAUCUGUGAUAUGAUUGGGGCACACGGCAUGUGAUUCCUACACUAGUCACAGACUUGCCAGUUGUGAAUGCCAGUUUAUAAAUAUAAUAGGGCAUGCAGGACAGUGCCCUUCUCAGGGGUGAAGGUGCCAUACUUCAGUCACCGAAGGCAAACCCCACGGAAACCUAUGGCUCUAGAGGGCUAAUUACUCCCCUGAAAUAUGGUAUGAAUUGAAAAUAACAGAAGAAAUCUUUCCCCAUAUAUUUCAUGCAUAUUGGUGGCUGUGCAGAAAGCCCCGUUUUAGCUGCGUCCAGCAUUUCAAUGCCAUUUGAUAAGAGAAGUUGAAAGUGUAUUUCUUAAUGAGCCAUUGAUGUGUCUUGCCAAUAUCCAGCCACAUGCCCUCUGCCACUCAAGAAGUGAUUAAUAACCAAGAUAAAAUGCCUACGUUGUCUUAAUGGUUCCAGAAUGUGGAGAUCUUAUUCUUUGUUAUCUUUGUUCUUAUUUUAAAUCUUCCCUGUUUUUAAAUGUGUUCUUCCACCCAUACAAAAUAGUUGAUGGGAUCAAAUAAGAUCACUCUCACAAUGAGUAAGAGGUUAUUUAAUAAAGUGAAAUGUGGACCCGUGUGUUACUUGUCCGUGCCCAGAAUCCUUCAUGCCUGCUUUCUGUUUAUAGAAUAAUCAACUUGAAAAUUGCAUUUCUGAGAGUCCUGGUGCUCGUUCCUGGUAAUCUUGAUGCACCCCCUCUGUAUUUACUGGCAUUAAAAGUAACACUAAGGGAGAGUUUAGCUAAGAGAAGGUAGCAUAGAAAUCCAUCCUCUGUUUUUCAAAUUUGUUGAACUUUGUGUGUUUUACAGGACUUCAGGCAGAGGCAGUGUCACCAGGUUUCCUUUCUGGAAUCGGUCAGGGCUUGUUAACACUGGGAAAAACUGACUGGCUGAAUGAGAGUGUCUUAUGUAGACCGUGGAAUCAGAACUCGUGGUAGAGGUGAUAUCUUU